CUUACAACCACCUGUCCGCGCAUACAGCAGGUAGCAGCCUACCCCGAGCAACCGCAUUCUCCCCUCAUAUUGUUUGACGUAUCAGUUGCUGCCAGUCAUCCGGAGCAACCAGGCUGCAGACAUGUUCCGCGCACAACAGAACGCUUUCGAUGAUGUCGUGGUCAAGGCCACCGACGAGAACUUGACGAGUGAGAACUGGGAAUACAUACUCGAUGUCUGUGAUAAGGUCGGCUCUGAAGAGACGGGCGCCAAAGAUGCCGUCGCUGCCAUGAUUAAGCGGCUUGCACAUCGUAAUGCCAACGUCCAGCUAUAUACGCUCGAGCUUGCAAAUGCCCUAAGCCAAAACUGCGGCAUGAAGAUAUACAAGGAGCUAGCUUCGCGAAGCUUCACAGACGCUCUUCUAAGACUUGCAGCAGACCGGAAUACCCACCAGCAAGUCAAGGCCAAGAUCUUGGAGCGCAUGGCUGAGUGGAGUGAGAUGUUUUCGAGUGAUCCGGACUUAGGCAUAAUGCAAGGAGCCUAUAUGAAGCUCAAGACACAGAAUCCUAAUCUUCGGCCUCCCUCAAAGCCACAGAAAACCCAAAUUACCGACGUUGAUCGUCAAAAGGAGGAGGAGGAACUACAGAUGGCUCUAGCCAUGUCUAUAAAGGAGUCCAAAGGUUCAGCACCCUCUGCAGCAAAGUCUAACGCUCCUCAGGAGUCAGGAUCGGCUUCACAGCCCGCACAAACCCCACAGCCUGUGUCUUCGGGGACCACGGCAGCAACUGUCUCGCGGGUACGAGCUCUGUUUGACUUCCAACCUUCCGAGCCAGGCGAAUUACAGUUCCGAAAGGGAGAUAUCAUUGCCGUGUUAGAGUCGGUAUAUAAGGAUUGGUGGAAGGGCUCGCUCCGGGGACAGACUGGUAUCUUCCCACUGAAUUAUGUAGAAAAGCUGCAAGAUCCGACAAGGGAAGAACUAGAGAGGGAAGCUCAGAUGGAAGCGGAAGUGUUUGCACAGAUCCGGAAUGUCGAGAAGCUGCUUGCCCUAUUGAGCACAAGCUCACAGACUGGUGGAGGCGAUGUGCGAGACAAUGAGGAGAUUACGGAGUUGUAUCAUUCGACGCUAGCGAUCCGACCGAAGCUAAUUGAGCUGAUUGGGAAAUACUCCCAAAAGAAGGACGACUUCACACAGCUGAACGAAAAGUUCAUCAAGGCUCGUCGAGAUUACGAAUCACUCCUCGAAGCGUCAAUGUCCCAACCUCAUCAACCUGCGUAUGGCCGCCCUUAUGGUUAUAAUGCUCCACCUCCAGGCGCAUAUCCAGGCUACGCUCCUACGUCUCCACCCCCACAGCAAGAACCAAGUCGCUAUAAUUAUGGCGGAAUGCCCCCGGCUGCGUCGCAAGAGCCACCCUCUCAGUACCCUCCUGCACAGCAAAACGGUCCCGGAUCUAACCCCGCCUUCUUCAUGGUCCCACCAAACCAACAGCGGCCUCAACAGCAGAGCCCAAAGCCUGCUCCAUCCCAAGACCCGUACGCACCGCCACAGGGAAGGGUUGGGGCUGCAAGACCACAGAGUUUUGCACCUCAAGAACUUGCUACCGGACACUACGACUCGCCAGUAGACAAUCGCCAGUCAUUCAUUCAACCAGGCCAGAAUCAAGCUGCUCCUUCUGCACCCCAAGGCUAUGAGUACCCGCCAUCGACGCAGCCACCAAGUGCUUAUCCGCAGCCCACGAGUGUGCCUCCGCAAGCUCCGCCUCCAGGCCCACAGAAUCCAUAUGAGCAGGUUUCUUCUCCCUACCAACAGCCCCCUCCCGAACACCAGUCUCCAUCAGACCCAUAUUCGCAAUCGAUGUCACAACCGUACGGGUAUCCACCACAACAACCAGGUCAUGCCACGCCUGCACCACCUGGAACGACGUCGAGUCCUCCACCUGCUCAAGGGAACUAUCUUCCCUAUCGCCCAGCAGGAGGCCAGGCACCGAGUGCGCCUGUUGGGGGUGGAGAGGAGGGCUUUUACAGAUAAUUUAUUAGACCUGAAUAGGUCGGGUAGGUAUCCAUCAUGUACGAAUAUAGCUUCAAGGCUUGCGAUAGUGGAGUAAGUAGAUUAGGGAGAUACCACAGCGUGUGGCAUUUUCGAACUAGUCAAACACGCGAGAAUGGACAUUCAACGGAAUCAGCAUUUUGUAUUCGAUAGCGCCUGAAAAUGAUUCAUGAGUCUCUUACCCUUUAUACCGACUUUGGAAUAGUUCUACUUAACGUUGAAAAGUUGCGCAUGGUAGGGAAGUAAUAUAGACAUAAAUUUGG